UGAAAGGCCCAUCUAGAAGUUAGAAGCCCAUUAAGAAACCUAUAAGAUGUUGAGAAACCCUAACCCUAGAACUGUUUUCUCUGAAGCUCCAAUUUGACUCCCGGCAACUGAAGAUCCUCGCCGUUUCGGAGAAAUCAAUCAGUCAUGGGUAAGGUACACGGUUCAUUGGCUCGUGCCGGAAAGGUGAGAGGGCAGACCCCCAAGGUGGCGAAGCAGGAUAAGAAGAAGAAGCCCCGCGGCCGUGCCCACAAGCGGAUGCAGUACAACCGCCGUUUCGUCACUGCCGUUGUUGGCUUCGGGAAGAAGAGGGGACCAAACUCAUCUGAGAAGUAGAGUGGAAGGACCUCUAGUUUCUGUAGGUGAACAAGAAUUUCAGACCUGGAUUGACUGUUUCUUCUAUGAUGCUAUAGUGUUUCUAGGUCAUGGAUUGAGCUGUUUUUGCAGUUGUUUUUGGAUUUUGAUAUAUUUACUGCAUAUUGUGGAGCAUAAUCGAGUUGUUAAUUUCGAAAUUGAAGUUAAGAAAUCUUUAAUUCAGCUAUAUUUUUCUGGUAUUAAGUUCCAUUGGACUUCUCA